AUGGAUGAAGAUCCUUUAAAAAAUUCAUCAUUAAUUACAAUUCUUAAUAAACAGAGUAAUCCAAGACCAUUAAUCGAAUGUUUAGAUAUUCAAUCAACAUUUGAAAAACGGAAGAAACAUAAGAAAUUUGAACGAAAUGAUUCAUCACGAAGUCAUGAUGAUCAAAUCAAUGGUUCACCUGGAAAAGUUGAAGUUGGUCGUUCAACAAUUGACAUUCGCGAGCCAAUGCCUGAACAUUUAAAUGCAUUAAAAAAUGCUUUUAAUAAAAUUCUUAAUGAACGUUUACUGUCAGAUAAUAGUUUGAAAUUACGAAAAAUUAUUUUUGAUAAAUUACAUCAAAUCAUUCUCGCGUCACGAUCAGAUUGUCAAAUAAAUUUAUAUGGUUCUAUAUCAUUCGAAUGCUGUUUGGAAAAACCUGGUAUCAUGGAUAUUGAUAUACAAUUUAAACAAACUCUUCAAUAUGACACACUUAAAGAAUUACUUGAAAUAAUAACAAAAAGUGAUUUAUGUAAAGAAGCUUGUAUUAAUACAGAACAUAAACCAUCGUGUAUUGACUUAAUUAUCAAUGAACCAAAUAUGCGUGUACGCAUUACAUCAGGUUAUAAUCGUGGAAUAAAUUUAUCAAAAUUAAUUCGAAUUUAUACAAAAUUUGAUUCACGUGUUAUUAAAUUACUUCGAUUAUUUCGCAUACUUUCAAAAACAUGUAAUAUAGAUAAACCAGAUUUAGGAACACUUCAUCCAAUUGCUUUUCAUAUAAUGGUUAUUCAUUUUCUUCAACAAAUCGAUCCACCUAUUUUACCAUGUCUACAUGAAUAUGUUUUUGGUAUUGAUCAUGUACCAAUAACAAUGAAUGAAAAUCAAUAUCCAGAAUUUUUUCGUAUUUGUAAUGUAUAUUCACGUGAAUGGAAAUCAAAAAAUACGACAGAUAUUGAAAUGUUAUUUUUACAAUUACUUUCAUAUUAUGUUAAAACUUUUAAUACAAAACAAUUUGUUGUUUCCAUACAAACUCGAAUGCCUGUUGUUAAAAUUGAUAAAAAUUGGCAUAGUAAAAAAUUACUUGUUGAAGGUACAUUUUAA